AGGCCGUUGGUGCGCGGCAGCCGCGGGCGCCUCCCAGGCCGUUGUCUAAGCACCAACCCCGACUCGGGGCCUGCAGGCUGCGGGGAAGCCCCCUAAGGCCGCUGCGCUGCGCGGCUCUGCAGCGGGUGGGGUGAGGGCCGGCCGGCUCCCUCCCUGCAGCGACGGGCUGGAGAAGGGGCAGGGGCGACGAGCGCUGCCCGGAACUGCCGCGAUCCCCGGCGCAGUCUUAGCAGCGCGCAUAGCAGGCAGCGCCUGCGCAGUGUGAGUGGUGCAGCGGGGCUGAGAUCGCUGAGGUGGGGCUCGGCCAUGCUCCCUGAGCUGCGGUCUCAGUUGUGGCAGGCAGCACAAGUCAAUCGACGAUCUCAGCCCACCGACAGAGCGCCGCCUCGCAACCUGUUUCGGCAUCCGAGCGCAUGCGCUGUAGGGACGCGUCGCUCCUCUCUCAGCCACUGUCACCAGACCCGAGAGGAGGCUCCUGCCGCCGCGUCCUGCGGGCGUUGAGGGGGGCGGGCAGGCGCGCGCGCGCAGGUGUGUGUUGGGUGCCGCGCGGGCGUUGAGGAGAAGGGGGGCGCGCGCGCAGGGGGUGCCUCGCAGGCCGCGAGGGGUGUCAACAUGUCCGGUAUGGGGGCUGGUUCGUGCGGCUCGGGCUCCGGGGCCUGUGGCGGGGGGGCCGCCGCCGCCUCCUCCUCCCCGGGCGGGGGGGUGUCGAUGUUCCGCUGGCUGGAGGUGCUGGAGAAGGAGUUCGAUAAGGCCUUCGUGGACGUGGACUUGCUGCUGGGGGAGAUCGACCCCGACCAAGCGGACAUCACCUACGAGGGGCGGCAGAAAAUGACCAGCCUCAGCUCCUGCUUCGCCCAGCUCUGCCACAAGGCGCAGACCGUGUCCCAGAUCAACCACAAGCUGGAGGCGCAGCUGGUGGAUCUGAAAUCUGAACUGACAGAAACUCAGGCUGAGAAAGUAGUAUUGGAAAAAGAGGUGCAUGAUCAGCUUUUGCAACUCCAUGCCAUUCAACUUCAGUUGCAUGCCAAGACAGGCCAGAGUGUUGAUUCUGGGGCAAUUAAAGCAAAAUUGUCUAUCCUUUCUGUGGAUGAGUUGGAGAGAGAGCUUGAAGCCAACAAGAAAGAAAAGGUGAAAGAAGCUCAACUUGAAGCGGAGGUGAAGUUACUGAGGAAGGAAAAUGAGGCACUUCGUCGACACAUAGCUGUGCUUCAGGCUGAGGUUUAUGGGGCAAGACUGGCGGCCAAAUACCUAGAUAAAGAACUAGCUGGAAGGGUCCAGCAGAUUCAGUUACUAGGCCGAGAUAUGAAGGGUCCUGCUCAUGAUAAGCUUUGGAACCAGUUAGAAGCAGAAAUACACCUGCAUCGUCACAAAACUGUCAUUAGAGCAUGUCGGGGUCGUAAUGACCUGAAAAGACCAAUGCAAGCACCACCAGGGCAUGAACCAGAUUCCUUAAAGAAGAGUCAAGGCGUUGGUCCAAUCAGAAAAGUUCUCCUUGUUAAAGAAGACCAUGAAGGACUAGGCAUUUCAAUCACAGGUGGGAAGGAGCACGGCGUUCCAAUACUAAUCUCUGAAAUCCACCCCGGUCAGCCUGCUGACCGAUGUGGAGGUCUGCAUGUUGGAGAUGCCAUUCUAGCAGUAAAUGGAGUGAAUCUGAGAGAUGCCAAACAUAAAGAAGCAGUAACUAUUCUUUCCCAGCAGAGAGGGGAGAUUGAAUUUGAAGUGGUGUAUGUUGCUCCAGAGGUAGACUCAGAUGACGAAAAUGUAGAAUAUGAGGAUGAAAGUGGACAUCGCUAUCGCUUGUAUCUUGAUGAAUUGGAGGAAGGUGGAAAUUCAGGUUCUAAUAGGAAAAAUGCAAGUGCAGCUGUCAAACCAUCAGAAGUGUUUGAUAAGAAACCAAGUGUUGAUGGACAUGAAAAUGGAGACCUAGGAAAUUCAGUUGAAACUCCCUUAGAAGAGACUGCACCCAAACUAGCUGAUUCUGCUGAGUCCUUGCCCUAAAGAAAUCAACUGGCCUGAUCACUUCUUCAGGAAAGAUUGAUAAUCAGAAUAGACUGUUCCAAAUUUUAUAUACCAUAGUAGGUUGUAAAAGGACUAUUAAAAAUCAAAGGAAACCUGUAUUACUGUUGCCUGAAAAAAAUGGCGGUUACCUCAGGGCUUCUUUGUGAGCAAUUCAUAACGUGUAAAACUCUGUUCUUCUGUGACACACAUUAGUUAACACAUUGCAUGUAAAAUGGAUUUUCCUUGAACUGUAAGCACCAAAGCAUGUCGUUUCCAAAAGAUAAUCUUAAUGCAUUCAGCUUUGGAUCCUAUUGAUGUCCUUGACGGGUGUAGAAUAAAAUUGUAGCCAGCUUUAUUUUGUUCCUUUGUCACUGAGUAAAAGCAAAGAAUUAACAGCACUUUGAUCCAAACUAACCUUUAACUGUUAAAAAAGGGAGAAGUGAAUAUUUACCACUGCAUCCCUGAAUUUUCCAUUGAGGUUUUUUGAGCUGCAAUUUAGAAGGGGGGGCGGGGAGGGAAAGGGGGAACAAAAAAUGUCAUGACUCAGAUUUUCACAUAAUAGCAAAAAGCAAAUGUUUUAGUUUAAGAAAACAAAAGUGGAAAGAACAACUGUUGAGUAUUGUAAAUUCUGAUCUCCCAAUACACAAUCAUUUUACAUCUGAGGAGAUUUUCAGCAUUAUUUAAUUUCUUUAAACAAUUUAUUGCUAAUCAAUGCUGCACUUAAAAUAUUCUCCAAAAGUAUUUAAACAGAGCACUGUUCUAUUUGUUUUUUAAAUGCAAAAUUAGUGUAAAAAUAGCUUACUGCUUGUUCAGAAUUAUGUCUGCCCUUGUGCAUUGUAUCUGAGCAUCAUACAGUCAGUAUUCGUUAUUGAAUGUAUACUGUUAGGACUGAUAUGAAGUAGUUUUAUACAUUGAGUUGUUCAUCAUGGGCUUGAUCCUAUGAGAUGCUGAGUACUUUUGGAUGGGUACUGAACACGCUCAAUUCCCAUUGAAAUUAUCUUUAAAUCAAAGGGAGUUGAAGACACGCCAUAUCUCGCAGCAAGUGCUCAGGGCCAUGAAGUAUCUGGUCCUAAAUGGUAUGACAGUCCUGUUAGCCUAUAGCAUUUUAAUUGUUACUGUUUAAAUGAAAUACUGUUGCCUUCCAAGAGCAGUUAUAUCCUAAAAUAGAUAAUUGAUGUACAUCUAAAGGCCCAAGGCAUGUUUGGAAAAUGGUGACGUUAAUGGUGGUUUUCUUGGCUAGUUUCUCAUACUGUAUCUAUAGAAAUUUUAGUGAAACACAAUAUGCUCCAUAUGCAAACUAUAAAAAAGUGUAAUAGUUUUUAUUAACCCAGGAUAAAGCACGAAAUACCCUGCUCUCCUAUUUACUGCUAUGCAGCCUGUUAAACUGUAAUGUGAAAAGAUGAGAUUUUGUAUUUUGAGAGUGAAACUAAUGUGAAAUAACAGCUUUGCAAAUGUUACUGUAUUGAUGUACAUAAAUAGAGGAAAAAUCUCUAAGGCCUUUAGAGGAAUAUCAAUUAAUCUAACGUUUAAUGUUCAAAACUUUUGAUGUAGAACACAGUUCCUUAUCCCUCUGAGGAGCACUAUAUAUAUGUUUAUAGAGGUAUCUUUAAAGUGUAUAUACUUUAUUCAAAGAUUUUGCUAUUUAUAAAACCUUUAACUGUUGCUCUUUUCAUUAAUUUUUGUGCAUGGUUCCAUUCACUCAAAAAGCUGUUUCAUUUACAGACAAUUUUUUUUGUGGUAAAGCAUAUUAAAAUACUCUAUAAUAUUGCCUCUAAGCAUAUGUUAAUAUUUAAAAAAUAGGGCUGAAUGCAUAAGACACAUAUCACCAGUUGCUUAUGAAGCUCCAUGUAUUACAUGAAUUGUUCAGGUGCAUUUUAGCAGAUGAAUUCAUCGCUGUAAUGUUGCAUCCAGACAUUCAUUGUGUCACAUCUACUGUCAUUCCAGUAAGGUGUACUCUGAAGCUGAGUGUAGCAUGGAGCUCAUUGUAUUUCUCUGUCAGAGAAGGCAGUUCAAUUUUCACUUUUUGGGUAUUCCCUCUCUGUUUGAAGAUGUUAGACAUGGCCUUCUGUCAUGUCUAGGGAAGCUGCGUAGGGAUAGUUAUCUGUGGGAAAGAGAAAGUCCCUUCACCCACUUGAAGCACCUAGAAUCUCCCAUUUCAAAUACUUUUGCCCACGUCCAGUUUGAGGUUGGACAGGGUUGCUGAAGUCGUUUUCCUUCCAUCCUCACUCUGCCUGCCUGCUGCUUUGAUCAUCCUGUAGGUGAGAUCAGUGAUAGAAGUGGUGUACUGUCUGGGAAGAUGACCAGCAUUGACAAAUUAAUGCCAAAAUUCCCCUUACCCCCCAUGUCAGUUUUUCUGACCUUUGUUUGGGAAGCCCUGAGUCGGACAAUAUUGCUAGGACUUUCUGUGAAAGGAUAGUGUGGUUGUACUCCAUACUUCCUGCUAUAACACUGCAGAUUUAUUGUUGGGAUAGUGAAACUAUUAGAAGUUCUUUUUUAAGGCAACAGUAGUUUAACAACAAGUUGCAAAAUCUAAAUGCAAUCUAUAAAUACAUUACUCUGUUUUGCCAAUAACUGGAAAACUCAAACCCACUGCUUCCCAGGGGUUGAUUGAGUUGGACAUGAAGAGUUUCCAAGGAAAGUAAGAUUUUCAUUUUUUAUUUUUAAAAAAGUAUAGAACAUUGUUUACUUGUAUAUAUUUUACUUCAGAUAAUAAAACAAAGCUCUUAAGAGAAUAGAGUGCAGCUUUGUGUGGAUAAUUCCUUGGCCAUAUUUUUUAAAUCUUCAGUGGAAUAACUAUCUCUUGGUUUUUUAAAGGAGAAUGGAGUUUGAAGGGAGAUGGGACCACUGCUUACUAAGAAACAAGCUUGAUGGUAGUAAAUUAACUUGGGUCAUAAAUUUGUGUUUUUGUAUUUCUGUGGUAGAAGUGUAUUUACUACAGUGGAGAGGGUUUGUAUGUAUCUCAAACUUACCACAGAUGUGUUGAUAAUGGAUAUGGUGAGCAAUAUUCAAAUGUUAUUUAUUGUAUAAUCUAUCCAAACACCCUUCCAUCUUGGGUUGGUCUCAUAUCUGUGGAAGGUGUAACAUUUUGCAACAAUUGUAUUAUACCUAGUUAAGCUGAGUUUCAUAUUUUUUUAUUAGCCUGUAAAUAAAGAUGGGAUCUUAUGCAUUA